AUGGAAGAAGCUGUUUUCCCCAAGAAGGAAGAAGUUUCGGACGACCCAUUCAAUAAGGAGAAGAAGGAGAAGAACAAGAAGAAGAAGAAGAAAGAGAAGAAGACCAGAGGCACAGAGAACCCAGUGAGGAAUCAUCAAAAAACGAUUUCAAGGACGCGAGGAAAACCCGUGCCAGAGGCUAACGCGGCACGAUGGAGAGUGAUCGACGACAGGGAGAAACUUCAACGAGCAAAGGAUAGAGCCGACGAGCUUAUGCGAGAGUAUGAAGAGCAGCAGAGAAGGAUUCAGCGAAUCGAAAAGAGGGUGAACGGAUCACGUUCUCCACGUUCUGCAUCUCGCACGCCAGAGCCCGAGGAGAGCCAAAAAGUGGAGCCCCAGCAGGAAGUGUCAGAAGAAGAGUCUGUCGAUAGAGAAAGCUUCCGAGCUCCCAAUGCCUCAUUUUCCGCAGGUUCGCAGGGGAAUAUAGCCUCGCCAGCUCGCCCCGGGCUUGAGAGAUCCGGCACGGAACCUAGUCAGUACGGACAAGCACAAAUGCGUAAAAACGCUGUUCAUAGUUCAAACUCUGAGAGAAGCCGUCCAGUUCCGGCGCAGUACUCUGAAUCGUCCAGUGGCGUUGCGAGCAGCAGGAGACGGCAAUCCGAGACUGGAUCGAAUGGACCUAGCUCUGUCUACCAAUCUAGCGAGAGAGCAGGUAGCCAGUCGCGCCUCAAAUCCAAGAGACGAAGCAGCAGUAUCGCAAGCCAGUUGAACGAGGGAAGAAGCAGUGCUCACUCGCCCCCUUCUUCGGAAGGGAGAAGUAGCAUGGCAAGUCAACAGCAAGAAGUUGCGAAGCCAGGGAGCGAGGGAAGGCCAAAGCGGCCGCAAAAAGAUCGAGCAGAUAGUGGCCCUAAGAAAAGAGUACCACCGAGCCCUCUGCGAAAUGUGCUUAGUUCCAAUGAUGUAGAGCCUAGAAUACAGAGCGAGAAGCCUGCAUCAUCCGACAAGAGAACACCCAGUGCAUCCGGCCGCGGAUCAGAGACGAGCCAGGCACAAAAAACCUGCAACCCUGGACGCCGAAGCAGGGCAGGUACUGGGAAGACCAAGGCAGGGCUGUCCCGGACAAGCACCCUACGACCUGCACUUUCCCCUCUGACCGAGGAGAAGGUGAAGAAGGUCGAGGAAACUCCGAAGGUAGCUGAGGAAGAAGACAGCGACGAAGAGCUAUCGAGUCAUGUGGAGGGUAUGAAGAUCGCGACAUCCACACACAAGUCACGAAGCGGGAAGCAGAAGACAACGGCGACCGAGAGAUUUGAGCGGAAAGAUGCCGCAGAGAGAGCGAAACAAGAGAAAAUGGCCAAGUCAACGACCCAGCGAGGAAUAGGUGAUAUGAGAAGAUCAAACAUCGAAGCAAUGGUGGAAAAAAACCCCGACGACGAGUUUGAAGAAAGAGAAGCCAUGGAGCGGGAAAGGCAGAAGAGUAUAGCGAAGACACAGAUGCACAGGGGUAUAGGAGACAUGGAAAGAACACAUUACGAAGGUGUGAUAUAA